UAAAAUAGCAUAUCGAACAAUCUGGUCAUACAAAUAGAUAACUUUUAUCCAUUGAAAACUAAUACAUUCCUUGCACAACACUCAUUUAGAGAAAGUAAGAAUGUCUUUUGCUCCACCUUUGUGUCCACUGGUUUGGUCGCCAGCUUGGCCCUCCCUCUCCCUGCCCCCUCAAAGGAAACAAAUGCAGUAGAAUACACUGCAAUAAUUCCAAUUGCAUUGCGCAAGUUUUAAUUCCAAAACGCCGUGUUUCUAUGGUUAAACAAUAGCACAGAAAGUGGCACAUACUUGACAGAAGUGUCACGUAUUGCGCGGUACUUCAUAGACGUGUGACGUGCACCUGACAUGCUUGAACAACUGAACCUACUUGUUGACAGACGGACAUCACCCACCUCUCACGCCUUGGACAACAAACAAACACAAUGGGUCAAGAGGUAACAAACUAAACACACAGGGUUUGGUAUUAAAUAUCACUGUUAAACUGCUUGAUCUUAGUUUGCUGCGAAUGCAAAGGCAACCAAACCAUGAAAUCAAUACUCUUUCUUCUGUUCUUUGGGUGCGUGCUGCAUUUCCAGCCGACGGCAUCAGAGUACGUCCGUGGAUGUUACUAUACCAACUGGUCCCAGUAUCGACCCAAAGGUGGAACCUUCUGGCCUGAAGAUAUCGAUCCUUUUCUCUGUACUCAUGUGCUAUUUUCCUUUGCGCAAGUGAGCCGAACCACUCACACGCUGGAGAUCUACGAAGAAAACGACCACGACUUGUACUCAAGAAUCAACGCACUAAAGAAAGCCAACCCAAAGCUGAAGACACAAAUUGCUGUUGGUGGAUGGACUCAUGAAGAAAAAGACAGCCCUUUUUCCAAGAUGGUGGCAACGAAAGAGAAACGAGCGAUCUUCAUCAAGUCAUCUAUUGACACCCUGAGGAAGUUUGGAUUCGAUGGUUUAGAUCUAGACUGGGAGUAUCCAGGCAUGCGUGGUGGCUCUCCCAAGAGUGACAAAGGACGAUUCACUCUACUGUGCAGAGAACUGAGGGCUGCAUUCGAGGCUGAAGUUAAGGCGUCUGGAAAGGAACGCUUGUUGUUAACAGCCGCAGUAGCAGCAGGACUCUGGACCAUCAAAGGAGCAUACGAUAUUGCUGACAUUGCCGAGCCUCUUGACUGGAUCAACUUAAUGACUUAUGAUCUUCACGGUACGUGGGAGUACAAGACCGGACAUCACACUGCUAUGGGACCGGACGGUGACAAGCUAACCCUUCCUUUCGCUGUCUGGUACUGGAUGAACAACAGAGACACCUGGGAGAAGCCAGGCAUCAGGAAAGGAAUGCCAGCCAACAAGAUCGUCCUCGGUCUGGCCACGUACGGACGGGCGUUUGGUCUAGCGAGCCCGUCCACGAACGGUCUAGACGCGGCACGUGAUUACCAGUACACCCCCAAAGGGCAGUUCACAGGUGCCGAAGGCUUCCUAGCUUAUUAUGAGAUCUGCAAACGGGGACUGACGGUUGUGGAAAAGAAUAAAGCCAUGGCUCCAUACGGUUACAAGGAUAAGGACUGGGUAGGAUUCGACAACCCGAAGAGUUUGAUUUACAAGAUCGAUAAUGUGGUGAAGAAGAAUUCCCUCCGUGGUGUUAUGUUCUGGGCCAUUGACCUGGACGACUUCUCAGGACAGCAUUGUGGACAAGGCAAGUACCCACUGAUGAAUGCUGUUAAGGAAUACCUCACAUCUGGUGUGCAGCCUCCUCCGGUUACCACCCCACCACGGCCACCUCCUGUCACCACACAAGCCCCACCUCCACCCCCGGAUACUACACAAGCACCACCGCCUCCCCCGGCUACCACUACUCAAGCUCCACCAGUUUCUCCAACCACAGGGGGAGGGGGCCCUGGAGGUAAAUGCGUUGCUACUGGUGUGUGGGCCGGUCAUGCUGGAAUGGAUGCCUGGUGUGCGUCAAAUUGCGCCAUUGGAAACUGCCCGUCUUCCCAUUGCAAGUGUAAUCCGACGGCAUCAGAGUAUGUCCGUGGAUGUUACUAUACCGACUGGUCCCAGCAUCGAUCUAAAGGUGCAACCUUCUUACCUGAAGAUAUCGAUCCUUUCCUCUGUACUCAUGUAAUGUUUGCCUUUGCCCAAAUCAACCGAACCACUCACACACUGAAGAUCAAAGAACAAAAUGAUCACGACUUGUACAGAAGGAUCAACGCACUAAAGAAAGUCAACCCAAAGCUGAAGACACAACUUUCUGUCGGCGGAUGGGGUCAAGACCAAAAAGACAGCCCGUUUUCCAAGAUGGUGGCGACGAAAGAGAAACGUGCGAUCUUCAUCAAAUCGUCUAUCGACACCCUGAGGAAGUUUGGUUUCAAUGGUUUAGAUCUCGACUGGGAGUACCCAGGCAUGGGUGGAGGCUCUCCCAAGGCAGGCAAGAUGGCGCUAUCUUGUAUUCGCAAUGAUUGCUGUUGUCACGCAACUCUUGCUUUGGAUCACAUGAUACAUGAAAGUGAUCUUAGUUCAGUGUUGCGAAUGCAAAGGAAACGAACAAUGAAGUCAAUGCUCUUUCUUCUGUUCCUUGGUUGUGUGCUGUAUUUCCAGCCGACGACAUCAGAGUAUGUCCGUGGAUGUUACUAUACCGACUGGUCCCAGCAUCGAUCUAAAGGUGCAACCUUCCUACCUGAAGAUAUCGAUCCUUUCCUCUGUACUCAUGUAAUGUUUGCCUUUGCCCAAAUCAACCGAACCACUCACACACUGAGGAUCAAAGAACAAAAUGAUCACGACUUGUACAGAAGGAUCAACGCACUAAAGAAAGUCAACCCAAAGCUGAAGACACAACUUUCUGUCGGCGGAUGGGGUCAAGACCAAAAAGACAGCCCGUUUUCCAAGAUGGUGGCGACGAAAGAGAAACGUGCGAUCUUCAUCAAAUCGUCUAUCGACACCCUGAGGAAGUUUGGUUUCAAUGGUUUAGAUCUCGACUGGGAGUACCCAGGCAUGGGUGGAGGCUCUCCCAAGGGUGACAUAGGACGAUUCACUCUCCUGUGCAAUGAACUGAGAGCUGCGUUCGAAGCUGAAGCCAAGAUUUCUGGAAAGGAACGUUUGCUUUUGACCGCAGCAGUAGCAGCAAAAUUUUCGGUUAUCGAAGAAGCGUACGACAUUGCGGGCAUUGCAGUACCUCUUGACUGGAUCAACCUAAUGACUUACGAUUUUCACGGUUUGAACGACAACAAGACCGGACAUCACACUGCUAUGGGACCGGACGGUGACAAGCUAACCGUUCCUUUCGCUGUCUGGUACUGGAUGAACAACAGAGACAUCUGGGAGAAGCCGGGCAUCUUAGACGGAAUGCCAGCCAACAAGAUAGUGCUCGGUCUGGCCACGUACGGACGCUCAUUUGGCCUAGCGAACCCAUCGAUGCACGGUCUAGGAGCGCCACGUGAUUUCCAGUACACCCCCAAAGGCCAAUACUUGGGCGCUGUAGGCGUUCUUGCAUAUUUUGAGAUUUGCAAACGGGGACUAACAGUUGUGGAAAAGAACAAAGCCAUGGCUCCAUACGGUUACAAGGAUAAGGACUGGGUAGGAUUCGACAACCCGAAGAGUUUGAUUUACAAGAUUGAUAAUGUGUUAAAGAAGAAUUCCCUCCGUGGUGUUAUGUUCUGGGAGCUUGGCCUGGACGACUUCUCAGGACAGCAUUGCGGACAAGGCAAGUACCCACUGAUGAAUGCCGUAAAGAAGUAUCUCACAUCUGGAGUGCAGCCAACAUUUCCCCCAGAGACCCAAACCUCGCUGACAGGCAGCUCAAUAUCUAAUAACGACUAUGGCUCCUCCCUAACCUACGUCAAAAUGAACCGAGUUUUACUCCUUAUUCUCCUGGGCUGUAUUCAUCUUGUAGCAUCUGAGUAUGUCAGAGUAUGUUACUAUACCAACUGGUCCCAGUAUCGACCCAAAGGUGGAACCUUCUGGCCUGAAGACAUCGAUCCUUUCCUCUGUACUCACGUGAUUCACUCGUUUGCAAAAGUCAGUCGUACCACACAUAAAAUGGAGAUCUAUGAAGAAAACGACCAUGAUCUUUACAACAGAAUCAACGCACUAAAGAAAGUCAACCCAAAGCUGAAGACACAAAUUGCUGUUGGUGGGUGGACUCACGAAGAAAAAGACAGCCCAUUCUCCAAGAUGGUGGCAACGAAAGAGAAACGAGCGAUCUUCAUCAAGUCAUCCAUUGACACCCUGAGGAAGUUUGGAUUCGAUGGUUUGGAUCUAGACUGGGAGUAUCCAGGCAUGCGUGGUGGCUCUCCCAAGAGUGACAAAGGACGAUUCACUCUCCUGUGCAAUGAACUGAGAGCUGCAUUCGAGGCUGAAGCCAAGGGGUCAGGAAAGGAACGCUUGUUGUUAACAGCCGCAGUAGCAGCAGGACUCUGGACCAUCAAAGGAGCAUACGAUAUCGAGGGGAUAUCGAAGCCACUAGACUGGAUCAACGUCAUGACCUACGACCUUCACGGUACUUGGGAACCUAAGACUGGUCACCACACCGCUAUGGGACCUGAGGGAGAUAAACUCACGCUUCCUUUUGCAAUCUGGUACUGGAUGAACAACAGAGACACCUGGGAGAAGCCGGGUAUCCGGAAUGGCAUGCCCGCUAACAAGAUUGUCCUGGGCUUAGGGACAUACGGACGCGCGUUUGGCCUCGCAAACCCAGGGAACAAUGGUCUUGGAGUCGGUCGAGACUUUACGUAUACGCCCAAGGGGAAGUACACUGGUGCUGAAGGGUUCCUGGCGUACUUUGAGAUUUGUAAGAUGGGUCUCACCGUGGUGGAAAACAACGCAGCCAAGGCGCCAUAUGGCUAUAAAGGAAAGGACUGGGUGGGAUUUGAUAAUCCCAAGAGUUUGAUUUACAAGAUCGAUAAUGUGGUGAAGAAGAAUUCUCUCCGCGGUGUUAUGUUCUGGGCCAUCGACCUGGACGACUUCUCAGGACAGCAUUGCGGACAAGGCAAGUACCCACUGAUGAAUGCCGUUAAGGAUUACCUCACAUCCGGAGUGCAGCCAACAUUUCCCCCAGGAACCGAACCCCCGGUGACAGACAGCCCAGUCACAAAACCCCCUAAACCGGGGACAACCAUGGCUCCUCCUAAACCUACUACCAGCGGUGGAGGUGGUGGCUCUGGGGCAUGUAAGGCGACAGGUGCAUGGGCGGGAAAUGCUAACAUGGAUGCAUGGUGCGUUGCCAACUGUGCGGUUGGUAACUGCCCACCAAACAUGUGCGUCUGUUAGAGGGUUCAACAUGCCUGAUUCAAUGCAUGUAGUAUAGAAUCUUAUGCUGUAAGGCUGUAGAGAACCUGGAGACUGAAACAUGCAGUCAUAAUAAAAUGAAAGAGU